UUGCAUCAUCAUCGUUGUCUUCGUCUUCUUCUUCUUCAAUCUUUGGAAUGUAGAUGCAGAGAUGCUAACAUUCUCUGCAACAUCAUCAACUUGAGCUUCCUUACUCUCUCAUCGACACAAACACUUGCAAGCUCUUUUCCAAAAGCACCUUCAGCGAUACCACCUCUUUCAUCAUCACAUUCAAUUUCUCCAUUGCUGCACUAAUAACCUGUUUUUGUAGAUGCAAAUUCUGGUGCAUGACACUAAGAUAUACAUAUGACUUGAACUAUCUAAUUUUCAAACACAUGGGAAUGAGGGUUUUAAGAAGCCUUGAGGUCUUGAAACUGGGAGUUGUCAACUACUUGGAUGCCUUGAAACUGCAAGAAAAGCUGGUCUUGGAUAGAAAAUCUCAUAGGAUAUGUGAUACUCUUCUGUCUUUGCAACAUCCACCUACAUACACUGUUGGCAAGAGACAAACUGUUCAUAAUUUAUUAAUCCCACAGUCGGAAUUGGAACAAAUUGGAGCUGAACUUCACUACACACAACGGGGAGGAGACAUUACAUUUCAUGGUCCACACCAAGCCAUUUUAUAUCCUAUCAUAUCACUUCGCGACAUGGGAAUCGGUGCUCGAAGUUAUGUGGAAAAAAUGGAGCUAACUAUGAUUGAAAUGGCAGCUCAAUAUGGUGUGAAGGCUUGUCCUGGACUAGCUGGUGAGACAGGUGUGUGGGUUGGAGAAAGGAAGAUAGGUGCUAUUGGUGUUCGGAUAUCAAAUGGAAUCACUUCUCAUGGUUUGGCAUUCAACAUUGACCCUGAUUUAAGCUAUUUUAGGCACAUUGUUCCCUGUGGAAUUGCUGAUAAAGAAGUUACAUCACUGAGAAGGGAGACAGAUUCUGUUCUUCCACCUGAAGAAAUAAUGCAGGAGCAGUUAGUUUCUUGUUUUGCAAGAAUAUUUGGUUAUGAUAACCUUAUCUGGAAAGAGGAUGCUUCAGUAGUUACUGAUGGAACUGAAUGAGAUGAAAGCAUUUUAGCAAACAGAUAGUUGUAUAACUUCUAUGUUUGCUUUUAUUCUUUCUUAUUUUACUGUGUCACAUUCAUUCUUACAAAUAUAGAGCAAAUGGUGCUACUUAUGCAAAGAUGGCACUGAAUACAAUUCCACACAUAUUAUAAACGUAUCUUCCAUAAACAUUGUGUUUUGGGAAAUAACUCCAUUAUUGAUUUCUAUGG